UUUCAGUACGUUAAUGAAGUUGUUAUUGGUGCUCCCUACUGUGUUACCGAAGAUUUACUGGAUCAUUUCAAAGUUGACGUAGUGUGUCACGGACAGACACCAAUUGCUUUAGAAGAUGGUAAACUCGAUCCCUAUGCCGUACCCAAGACAAGAGGCAUUUUCAGUCUCAUCAAUUCCGGCAACGAUAUGACAACCGAACGUAUUGUAGAACGCAUCAUUAAUCAUCGUCUCGAAUACGAAAGACGCAACAAGGCCAAAGAGAAGAAAGAGGUGGAAGCAUUUGAGGCUCUGCAACGUGCCAAGCAAACACAAAAAGCAGGCUAAUAUUAAGAAAUGACACAAAAUAGGAACCCGCGCUACACACAAAUCUCUCUCCUAUUCUACCACUACAACUACAAAUCCUAAUCCUCUAAAAUAGGAAAUAAUACAAUACAAACUUUUAACAACAAUUAAUGGAACUAGAUUUUCGAGAACCUAGUUGUAUAAAAUUUUAAGUCUUGAGUGUUAAUUCUAAACAAAAACAGAAAAGA